CUGGGAGGCUGCUCGUCAUGGACACUGCCCCGUACAGCAGGUGGGGUGGUGGGCUCCAGGAGGCCCCCGGAGGGUCCUGGGGACGCUGGGGAAGGAGACUUCUCAUCGUAGCCACAUCUCUUAUGAUCGCCACCAUCCUGUGGGCCCUCAUUCUGAGCAUCUUGUUUUCCAAAGCCUCCACAGAGCGCCGGGUGCUGCUCGGCCACCAGGACCUGCUGAGAACAAAUGCCUCGGAGCAGACGGUGGUGCUGGCUGCCUUGAAGGAAGAGAUCCGAUCCUGCGAUACAUGCUGCCAGGGGACGCAGGCGCAGCUGCAGACCGCUCGCACUGAGCUUGGGGAGGCGCAGGCAAAGCUGUUCCAGCAGGAGAGCGCCCUGAAAGAACUCAGCGAGCGCGUGACCCAGGGCUUGGCCGAAGCGGGCAGAGACCGCGAGGGCAUCCGCACGGAGCUGUUGCGGGCGCUGGAGGCGGCCCAGCUCAGGAACAGCUCCUGCGAGCAGUGCCCCGCGUCGUGGCUGCCCUUCCAGGGUUCCUGCUACCUUUUCUCCAUUCCAACUGCCACGUGGGAGGAGGCGCAGCGCAACUGCGCGGGCGCUGGUGCGCACCUGGUGAUCGUGAAUGACUUGGAUGAGCAGGGCUUCCUGAGUCGGAAUGUGAGAGGUCGCGGCUACUGGCUGGGUCUGAGGGCGGUGCGCCGCGCCGAGAAGGUCCAGGGCUACCAGUGGGUGGACGGAGUCCCGCUCAGCUUCAGCCACUGGAACCAGGGGGAGCCCAAUGACUCUCAGGGUCGUGAGGAUUGCAUCAUGAUGCUGGACACGGGGAUGUGGAACGACGCUCCGUGCGGCGACAACGAGAGGGACAACUGGAUCUGCGAGAAGAGGCAAAUCUGCUGACCCCGCCCAGUGCCCCCGAGCCACGCCCACCGCCACUUGUGCGAUCUGUGAACAGCUGUCCUGGAUCCACCCACCGCCAUCCAUUUUUCUUUUUUCCCCCCCCGCCCACCACGACGGACAACCACUGGCCCAAUCCAGCCGUCUCCAGUGCCUGCAAUCUGGGUCCUCCUCUGCAAGUUACUUGCAGUCCCUCAACAUGCGACCUAACCUAGCCUUCACCCGCUCCAAAAUCCCGGCUCCUCGGCCCCUGGUCUGACCCCACCUCCCUCCCUAGCCAAGGUCAGGCGAAUCCGAGAAGGAGCUAUCGCGUUUCUUUCAUUUUUCCCCCAGACUGGGAGGCCUCAACCACAAGGGUUUUGUGAGCUGUCUUUGCAGCCCUGCGGGGCAUCAAUAAAAGUUUGAGAAAUGAA